AUGUACUGGUGCGAAGUUUGCACCACUGGAGCUCUUUUCAAAGAACAAGGAGAGAGAACACCGGACGAUGAUAUACCACAAGAAUUCCGUGAAGUAAGGAGGAAUGGCAAACGUGCAUUGAGCUUCGCCCAUUUCUCAAAGAUGAGAAAGUCUGGUAUUGAUAGUCCUUGGAUGCUGUUUAGUGGCAAGCAACUCCUCGAUUUACUUUCCUUUGUGAUCCAAAAACUGGACACCGGAAUUCCAGAGGCUUGCGAGGAGACAGAAGGACACUGCUGUAUUCCUGAUAUUGCGACAGAGUUGACUUCGUCCAGAAGCAAGCUUUCGCUGCUGCUCGGAAUUUUUCGUGUCGGUUCAGGCAAGCAAAAAGCACAUUCGGCUUGGUCACUUACAGAAAGCCCAGAGGGUAUUGGAGAAGGCUAA